AGCAGCCGCCUCGAGUAUUUCCGCUUCCGCCACCGCCGCGGGGCCUUUGGCUGUCUGCGGAGGUUGCGCUUCGCCUUGGAUCGCUUAGCAUCAUGUCGGGGAGCCUCUUGAAGGCGCUGCGCAGCGACUCUUACGUGGAGCUGAGCCAGUACCGGGACCAGCACUUUCGGGGUGACAAUGAAGAACAAGAAAAAUUACUGAAGAAAAGCUAUGCAGAAAAUGCCAUGCGUUUCAUCAACGGGACUCGCCUGGAUGACAGGAUCAUCCGCACAGACUGGGAUGCCGGCUUCAAGGAGGGCCGGCAGCAUGGCCGCGGGCGCUCUGGAGGCCAGGUUCGAGAUGAAUAUCGGCAGGACUAUGAUGCUGGAAGAGGGGGUUAUGGCAAACUGGCACAGAAGCAGUGAGAGGGUCUCUCUCACUCUGUUGCCCAGCUGGUCUCAAACGCAGAAUCAAGCAAUCCUUCUGCCUCAGCCACCAGGAACAGUGGGACAGGCCUAUGAAAAGAUGCUCAACAUCACUGAUAAGGAAAAUGCAAGUUAAGACCUAAAGUGAAAUGCCUCACAUGUGUUAGAACAGAGCUUUUAUCAA